CCGGGCCCCAUCUGCCUUGAGCAGCUCACGACCUAGGAACGAAGAUUGAGGAUGGGGGACAGGGUAUAUGCAGUUGGAUUUGGGGGAAAGGAGGUUGAGCCCAGCACAGAAGAUGAAGAGCUUGAAGCAGUGGAGGCCUUCAAGUCCUGCCAUACAAGCUCCAAAACGGGACUGACAGAUGAGGCACAACGCGCUGUUUCUGAAAUGGAGGCUUUGAAGGCAGCAGCUGUACCUGAUGGUGAAGAGCAAAUGUCUAGUGCACAAGUUGUUGCCAAGGUGCUCACCGAGGACAGCUCCAUGUCAAACACAUUUCUGAAGAAUGCUGGUCUACAGUCUCGGUGCUCCUCAAGAUCAGCUUCAUCAAUUGAAAGGGAUCUUCAGGAACAACUUGAAGCUGAAUGACAAGCCAAAGCUGCCCUCGAGGAACAACUUGCAACCUUGAAGAAGAAGAGUGAGGUUACCAAGGAAAAUCUUGCCAAGGCCCAAAGGCAGUUGGAUGAAACCACAAAGACAACAGAAGAGACCCAAAGGCGUUUGGAGCAAACCGAAAAGACAGCACAAGAGAACAAUAUCAUCCUCCGCCAUUUCUUGAGCUUCAAUGGUAACUCAUCCUAGACUUAUGAGCUGUUCCCUUGUCCCAAUCUAAUGUUAGUCAAGUUCUGUGUUGAACUUGUGUCAGUCCAU